AGACAAGAAAACGGUCACAAGUGAUUUGAUACUAGCUGCUGGUGCUACACCUAAAGGAUUACGUGUGUUCUCUGUGGUGUGGUAUGGUGAUCGAGUGGAAGUGUUUUUACCGAAGCACACUUGCCUAAUAGCAGAAACCGAAAGCGUGGACAGGAGUAAAUUUUCAAGUGUUUCAGCUUUGAAGAGUGCAGAGUGUGUGUAUUUACGGCUACUAGUGGCUCAUAAAAGGAAACCGAUUUCGCGAAAAAUUUGCAACUGAGCAAAGCUAAGAGCGAAAAAUAUUGAAGAAGGAAAAAACGACGAAGUGAAUCCGAGUGAGUGAUUAGUGAGCUUCCAUCCGAACGUAGCUGGUCGGUGAGAGAUUAAGGCAGAAAAGGAUUGGUAACUGGCGCCAUGGCAGACACCUACGAUGAGUACGAAGAAACGCACACCGUUACGAGGAAAUCGGUGACCACCUUCAAGAUCGAGGAAACUUCAUCAUCCACCACAACCAAAACCAUCACAACACCCGCCAAGCUCUACGGCAAAGAUCUCGGUGCGUACGAUGAUGUUGACGUGGACGAACUGUUGGCACAGCUCUCCCCGGAGGAGAUCACCAUGCUGGCCAAGGAAGUCGAUCCUGAUGAUUCAUUUUUGCCCCCAAGCCAGAGAACCAACUACGAGUGUACCAAGGAUCCCACCGGUCCCUUGGACCGGAAAAAGCUUAUAGAUCACAUCAACAAACAGGCUCUGGAAACACCGGAUAAACCCGAAUUGGAACCAUUCGUACCGGGAAUGGUUCGAGGCAAAAAGUGGAUUCCACCCCCGGUGGAGCGGAAGCUCCAGGAAGCCGCAGAACAGAUUGCCAUCGAUAUGGGUGACGAGUACGAGCAAGCGCUGAACGACGCCACCCAGGAGGAAAUUAUCGAUCUGGCUGCCAUUCUCGGGUUCCACUCGAUGAUGAAUCAGGAUCAGUACCACGCAUCGUUGCUCAACAAGGGCCAACCGGUCGGACUGGGAUGGGACGGCAUCACCAAGUCCUCCAUUCAGAAAGUGUACCCCGCAGAAAAGCCCAACAUGACCGACCCGGAGGAAACGAUCAAGAGAAUAAAGGACGACGACAGCUCGCUGGUGGAUGUGAACCUGAAUAAUAUUAAGACCAUUUCCGACGAGCAGUACGAGAAGAUGUUCGAGGCCCUGCAGAGCAAUACCCACCUGGAAGUCCUCUCGCUGACCAACGUCGGCCUGACCGAUCGCACCGCCCUGCUGCUGGCGGCCGCGAUCGAACGCAACCACACCCUGCGGGUACUCAACGUGGAAACAAAUUUCAUCAGCCCGCCGGUGAUCGUAACGCUGGUGAAAUCCCUGCUCACACAGAUGACCAUCGAGGAGUUCCGAGCCUCCAACCAGCGAUCGCAAGUGCUGGGCAACAAAAUCGAGAUGGAAAUCACUGACCUGGUGGAGAAGAACACGACCCUGUUACGGCUAGGUCUGCAUCUGGAGUUCAACGAUGCCCGCCACCGGGUGGCCGCCCAUCUGCAGCGUAACAUCGAUAGAAUUCGUGUCGAUAAGAAAGACGGCCGAUCGUCACGUGGCAGCCUCUAUCGACCGCAUCACGUCGAGGAACGAAUGGACGAGCUCGUGGGCGUCGAAGAGGAAGAGGAAGAAGAGGAGGAAGAGGAAGAGGUGCACGCGGUACCUCAGGACUACGACGUCGAGGAAGAUCCGGACAAUAUCGUCAUUCGUCCGCCACCAUCCGACGACGAGGAUAUGUAAUGACAAUGCCAAGAGAAAGCGAUUCGCUCUUUGUUUUCGUUUCAAACCAAAUUUUUGCCGCUUAAUUUUUAUGCACUCACGCUGCUAGUUUUCCGCAUCCUAAACUUUAGUGUUUUAACCAAUAAGUCAAGAAGAAAGCAAGGCUGAUACCAAUAUCCGGAAAUCCACUGUAUAUUAGCAAAGUCUACAAAAGCCAGACAGCAGUUCAACUACCUGUAUUGCCAUUUUCAAGACAACAUUCACCGUAGCCGAACACAGAGUAUUAAACCUACAACGAAACUCGCAAAUGGUACAGAUAGGACUAGUGAUUUGCGCAUGCGCUCGCUUAUGUUGUUACUGUUCAGUUCUCAUACUUACACAUUGUUUACAGACCAUCAGACGUAACAUAGUAGAAGAAAUAUGCACAUUGCUUCAUACUUAUGCCAUUUGAGGAACGUACUUUUCUCGAUAAUCAGUCACUCAGAACUUCCUAACUUCUACGAUGUUACGUCUGUGUGGCUUCUCUUUCUAUCCUCUUCCGGAUCUAACACUUAUUAAACUCUGUUGUCACAUAUACAGAUAGACACUUGCGUUGUACUCUGGAUGCAGGCAAGUUACAAUGUUCAGCAGGUGCAAGGUUGCCCAAACAAACAAAAAACUUUUACGUACUGGGAGAUUGUAUAGGGAUUACUUAGUUUUCUUUCAGACUGAAAAAAAAACACACACACAAAUGUAUUCCACAUGCUAGAACACAGCUUACCUAUCAGGAAGAUUGGGUUCUACAAACUGGGGUUAAUGGUCUCCUUGGCGAAGCUCAGUGGUGCCAUAAAUGAGAAAAAAAAAUGAGAAAACCCGAAUACCUUUACGUACCGCGUAUUAGCGUGCCUAAUUUCGGCGGAAAGCCAUGCUCUGAAAUAGUCCCCACUGACUGUGUGCACAGGAUCGUAGGUACAUCACUUGAAUUUUGCAGUUUCUCUUUGAACUAGGAAGAUUCAAAAGAAACCUGGAUAUUUCGAUGGAUGCUUUUGAAAGAGUUCGAAAUCUCAAAAGAGUAAUGGUGCAGAAUUCAGAGAUUCCUUCAGAGAUUUGCUUGGAAGUCUAUCCAGGAUUUCUUUUGAACACCUUCUGGAAGACCUUCUUGACUUUCUAUCGGUACUUGCGGUCUUGACUUUCUAUUUGGUUCUACGGUUACUUCCGGGUUUUUUUUCGGAUUUUUUCCCGAAAUUCCUUCCAGGAUUUCACCCAAAGCUUACCCUCAAUUUCUCCAAUAGUUCCGUCAAGGAAGACUGUUACAGAUUUUCGCGGGAUUUCUACAUGAGUUUCUCCUGAGAUUUCUCCUGAGGUGCUUCUCUUUCCGUACACAAACUCGAAACAACGACGGAUGGCGCAAAGUGAACGUGAACUGGUCGGUCACUGUUUACUGUUGGCGCCAAAUAAUGAACUCCUGGCCAGCAAACUUCUGAAUCACACACUCUUUACCUUUUCAUCGAUCAACCAACUCUCGAAAGAACUUCCGAAUCUUCCGUGCACCACUGUUUACCUUUUGCGAUGACUAUCCAACUCCCGAAAUUCCGAAUCUUCGCGUACUUUGUUUACUUUUUGCACCGACUAACCAACUCCCGAUAAGCGAAAUUUUGAAUCUUCCGCGCACAUUGUUUAAUUUCUGCGCCGACUAACCAACUCCCUAUAAGCGAACUUCCGAAUCUUCUGCGCACUUUGUUUACGUUUUGCGGCGACUAACCAACUCCCGAUAAGCGAACCUCCGAAUCUUCCGCGCACUUUCUUUACUUUUGCGCCGUCUAACCAACUCCCGAUAAGCGAAUUUUUGAAUCUUCCGCGCACAUUGUUUACUUUUUGCACCGACUAACCAAUUCCAAGUUCCGAAUCUUCCGCGCAUACUGCUUACUUUUCCGUCGACUAACCAAAUCCCACGUGAACUUCCGAAUCUUUGGUGCACACUGUUUACUUAUUGCGCCGACUAACCAACUCCCGAUAAGUGAACUUCCGAAUCUACAGCGCACCUUGUUUACGUUUUGUGCCGACCAUCCAACUCACGAUAAGCGAAAUUCCGAAUCUUCUGCGUACACUGUUUACUUUUCUGUCGACUAACCAACUCCCGCGCGAACUUCCGUUUACUUUUACUUGUUGUUUACUGUUUGCGUCGACCAGCCAACUCCCGAUAAGAAAACUUCCGAAUCUUCCGCGCACUUUGUUUGCGUUUUGCGCCGACUAACGAACUCCCGAUAAGCGAACUUUCGAAUUUUCCGCGCACUUUGUUUACAUUUUGUGCCGACUAACAAACUCCCGAUAAGCGAACCUUCGAAUCUUUAGCGCACUUUGUUAACUUUUUCGCCGACUAACCAACUCCCGAUAAGCGAAUUUUCGAAUCUUUCGCGUAUACUGUUUACUUUUUCAGUCGGCUAACCACCUCCUGGAACGCAAAAUUCAGAAUCUUCCGCGCACACUGUUUACUUUUUCGUCGGCUAAACUGUUUACUUUUUGUGCCAACUAAUCAAUUCCCGGUAAGCGAACUGAUCUGAAACUUCCUCUGUAAUUAAUCAUUGGAUUUCAACUGCUACAUUUCCAGAGGUAAUCCCGGCGUCCCAAAGGUUCUCCCA